AAGCUCCCUGCAGAGCUGCUUCCUACACGGAUCCGAGGAGGAGCCUCGCCCGGAACGGGCACUGGACUGUUCUGACGUGGCGAUUCUCUCGGGAGCCCCGGGAGUUUGAAGACAGAAGGGAGAAGCCCUCAGAGAGCAUCAAAGGCUGAGGGGUGCUGUAAAAGGAACAGGGGAGUUCUCUGAAAAGAAUCUGUCAUGCACCGAAAUGCUUUCUGGAGAAGGUGCCAUUAUUUGCCUCCCCUUUUGCUCAGAUAAAAGGAGCCAGCAAGGACAGUACUGAAGUAUCCCUCAGGGGCCUUUUGGUCAUUGUUCCUCUUUCCCCUGCUCACGGCUAUUUGCUGACCUUUCCAGAGAAUCUCAGUGCCCCCAGUUCCAGCUGAGAAGACAGUUCUUAAUAAAAAAAAAAAAAAAGAAAGAAAAUUCUGCUGUUGGAAUGGGAGGUGCCGCUUGCUUGCUGUGGUUCUUUUUGCUGUGACAUUUUGGAAUGUCUGCAGAAACAAAAAAAAUAAUUUAAAAAACCUCAAAAACUCCGGGGAUUAGGCAAGAAAAAAGGAACUUUUUUGCCAUAAAGAAGUAAAUGAGAGGUGGUAACUUAUCCCCGAUCCAGGACCUGGAUGAUCAAAAUCUUCAAGUUCUAGGAAACAGCACUUCAACAAAUAAACAAACAUGAGAAGGAGUAGCUGUGGGAUCCCGAUAUCACACAGAGGCAGGUUUUAAAGGGAGCCAGAAACGGGUUCAGAAUUUUGGGGCUGUAUGAUGCCUGAAGACCGAAGUGCUGGGGGGCGCCCCUCAGGUGCCUUGGCGUCUACUCCUUUCAUUCCUAAAACUACAUACAGAAGAAUUAAACGGUGUUUUAGUUUUCGGAAAGGCAUUUUUGGACAGAAACUGGAAGAUACUGUCCGUUAUGAGAAGAGAUACGGACACCGUCUGGCUCCAAUGUUGGUGGAGCAGUGUGUGGACUUUAUCCGACAAAGGGGGCUGAAGGAAGAGGGUCUCUUCCGACUGCCGGGCCAGGCUAACCUUGUCAAGGAGCUGCAGGAUGCCUUUGACUGUGGAGAGAAGCCAUCCUUUGACAGCAACACAGAUGUACACACAGUGGCAUCGCUUCUUAAACUGUAUCUCCGAGAACUCCCAGAACCGGUUAUUCCUUAUGCCAAGUAUGAGGAUUUUUUGUCUUGUGCCAAACUGCUCAGCAAGGAAGAGGAAGCUGGUGUUAAAGAAUUAGCAAAGCAGGUGAAGAGCUUGCCAGUGGUCAAUUACAACCUUCUCAAGUAUAUUUGCAGAAGGAGCGUGUAUCCUGGCAUGAGAAAGAUCUGCCCGGGAGUCCAGAUUCUACCACUGACUACUUACGUGUCUUUAUGCAAUUUUCUUAUCCUCUUUGAGACUAAAGAUCCUAAUAGGUUCUUGGAUGAAGUACAGUCCUAUUCAGGAAUUAACAAAAUGAGUGUGCAGAACUUGGCCACUGUCUUUGGCCCUAAUAUCCUGCGCCCCAAAGUGGAAGAUCCCUUGACCAUUAUGGAGGGCACUGUGGUGGUCCAACAGUUGAUGUCAAUGAUGAUUAGCAAACACGAUCGCCUCUUCCCCAAAGAUGCAGAGUUACAAAGCAAGCCCCAGGAUGGAGUGAGCAACAACAACAAUGACCUUCAGAAGAAGGCCACCAUGGGUCAGCUACAGAACAAGGAGAACAAUAAUACCAAGGACAGUCCUGGAAGGCGGUGCUCUUGGGACAAGUCUGAGUCUCCCCAGAGAAGCAGCACGGAUAAUGGAUCCCCCACAGCUCUAUCAGGCAGCAAAACCAACAGCCCAAGGAACAGUGUUCACAAGCUGGAUGUCUCUAGGAGCCCCCCUCUCAUGGUCAAAAAGAAUCCCGCCUUCAAUAAGGGCAGUGGGAUAGUCACCAAUGGGUCCUUCAGCAGCAGUAAUGCAGAAGGACUUGAGAAAGCCCAAACCACUCCCAAUGGGAGCUUACAGGCCAGAAGGACCUCUUCCCUGAAGGGGUCUGGUACCAAAAUGGGCACCCAGAGUGUACAGAACGGAACGGUGCGGAUGGGCAUUUUGAACACAGAUACCCUCGGGAACCCCGUGAAUGGUCGCAGCAUGAGCUGGCUGCCCAAUGGCUACGUGACCCUGAGAGAUAACAAGCAGAAAGAGCAAGCAGGAGAGUCGGGCCAGCACAACAGACUCUCCACCUAUGACAACGUCCACCAGCAGUUCUCCGUGAUGAGCCUUGACGACAAGCAGAGCGUCGACAGUGCCACCUGGUCCACUUCCUCCUGUGAAAUCUCCCUCCCUGAGAACUCCAACUCCUGCCGCUCCUCCACCACCACCUGCCCAGAACAAGACUUUUACGGUGGGAACUUUGAGGACCCCGUUUUGGAUGGGCCCCCGCAGGACGACCUUUCCCACCCCGGGGACUAUGAAAACAAAAGUGACCGGAGGAGUGUGGGCGGUCGAAGUAGUCGUGCCACCAGCAGCAGCGACAACAGUGAGACCUUUGUUGGCCACACCAGCAAUCACAGUGCGCUGCAUAGUUUAGUGUCCAGCCUGAAGCAGGAAAUGACCAAACAGAAGAUAGAGUAUGAGUCCAGGAUAAAGAGCUUAGAACAGCGAAACUUGACUUUGGAAACAGAAAUGAUGAGCCUCCACGAUGAACUGGAUCAAGAAAGGAAAAAGUUCACAAUGAUAGAAAUCAAAAUGCGAAAUGCCGAGCGAGCAAAAGAAGAUGCAGAGAAGAGAAAUGACAUGCUUCAGAAAGAAAUGGAGCAGUUUUUUUCCACAUUUGGGGAGCUGACAGUGGAACCCAGGAGAACCGAGAGAGGAAACACGAUAUGGAUCCAGUGAGGCUGAUUUCUCCCACUGUCUCCAGUGGCUCUGGGGAAGACUCUGGGGGUUCUGGUGGGAAUAUCAUAUAGGAUCAGGUGGCUGGUCACCUGGCUGUACAGAGCGCUAACUGGGGAAGACAUAUCAUUUACAGACAUUGCCCAUCCAUAUCUGUAAUGUGUACCAAAGUUGUAUCAUGCCCCAUAAUGCUACUGUCAAGUGUUACAACUGGAUAUGUGUAUAUAGAGUAGUUUUUAAAAAGUAAACUAAAAAUGAGAAGCAUAUCUCAAUAAUUAUUUUAUUGCAAGUCUUGUAUUUAAAAUGUUAAAUCAGUAUGUCAUUGCAGUUUAGCUUGCUUUCAAGCUUCACCCCUUGCACUUAAGCUAUUUUUGGCAUUGUGUUAUCAUCAGCAUAUUUUAUAGAUCAGUAUUUUUAUUUCCCCUUUUGCUGAGGAAAUGAAAAUAGGCAGAUAUAUAAAUAUAUAUAAAUAUAUAUAAGAUGAGUUAUUAAAAUCAAAAAGAAUACUUUGUGGCUGUGCUGUUUGUGCCAACGGACCUUGCCAUGACCAAAAAGAGAAAUGUAAAUAAUUUUAUAAAAUACGGUAGAAUCACCAGGAACCUUUGAAUUGCUCUGUAAAUUCUGCCCUUGACACUGCUCAGUUUUCUUGGUGAGAUGCUUUGACGCAGGAGAUUUUUGGACUAUGUAAAAAAGUCCCCUUCUCAAGCCCCCUGGUCUGCCUUGCCCGUUCCACAGAUGUAUGUCUCCUAUGCAGGAUGCACCUUAGAGGGGACACAUAGUUUUUUUAAAAAAGAGCAUUUAAGCAGUCAUGCCUUGAAUUACUCUGUCCUGCUACUGGAUGGUUAUGAGGGAGAUUCUUCCUGCCAUUGGGAAGUUGAAAAACAAUGCUGGCUAACCAGUGCCUACACUGAGCACGUGUCCUCUACUCCAACCCCGCGCCUCCACCUCCCCACCCACAAUGCAAACAGUGAAAUAGUAUUACCGUGUCUCUCUCAGUUAAACUGCUAGAGUGUGUGCCAUAUAUUCUUCUUUCACUCAGGCCGACUGCUCUGUUGUCAUCUAGGAUUCUUUCUGCACAACAGAGGGUAAAGGCAGUUUGCAGCAAGAGGGAGCUGAUGCAUGGGAAGGGGACCAGAAGGCGGAGGAGACAGGAUUGGAAGAAACAACUAUUUUGUUUCUAAUUUUUACAGUAUUCUUCCCUGUCAAAAACAUUUAUUCACAAUAAAUUUAAAAUGUGAAUCUUUAAAGGUCCAGGUUUGAUAAAUUUGUGAACAUCAGUAAUGAUAACUUUCCAGAGAAGCCCAGGGCUCUCUGGAGCUGGAGUUUGGGGAGAACAAUUCACAGUUCAAUGAGGCAAUGUUCGAAAUAAAUCUUUCUCACGCUAGAACAGAAAGUCACAAAAGGUAAAAUUGGAAAUAAAUACUAGUUGAGUUUAUGGGAUUCAUGUUGUUUGAAGGUUCUAUGUUUGUAUUUAUUUUCAAGGGGGCAGUAGACUUUGCAGAGUUCAUUCUUGCCACUGUGCUGCUUUUGUUUAUAUCCUUACACAGAGCAAGCUUACGUGGUCCUUUGGUAUCAACCACUGUCUAUGUAGCAAUACCUUCUUUAUCUUUAGUUCCCUUUUCUCUCUCUUUCCAAUUCUUUAACAAGAUACUCCCACCUGGAUACCCUAUUCAAGCUCAAAAUGUGUAAAAAUGAUCUCAAUAGCUCUCUCUACUUUUUCAUCUUUUCCCAGUCCCUGUCUUAGUUGACACAAACCUCAGACUCAUCCAGGGAGCUGUAUGAUACAAUAGCAAAAAUCAAAGGCUAUGCAGUCAAACUGCCUGUGUUCACAUUUUCUCCAAUUUGCCAGCUGUUGCUGAAUUUUUGAUGCAUCCUUUUUUUUUUAUCUGUAGAAUGGGAAUAAUAAAAGUACUGCUCUCACAGACUUGUUAUGUGGUUUCAAUGAGGUAGCUUGUAUUAGGCUGAGAACAGCACCUAGUAUACAGGAUGGACUCCAUAAAUGUUAACUCUGAUUUUUCUCUAUUCUGCCCUCUUCUUCACUUUUAAAUUCACUCACCAAGUACUGUUUAGUCCACCCAUCCUCACCUUUUUCAUCUGCUCUCUUUGAUCAGUUUCUCCCCAUCUCUCAAAGAAAGCAUCGCACCCAGCCACUUGUGUUCCAGUAUCUCUCCUCUACUUUCAUUUGCAGACUGCCCUAAGUCACCCUUCUGAUCAUAUCGUAGCCUUGCUAAUAACAUUCAAAUUCCCUUCACGAAGUGUAUACGACUCUAACCUUUCAUUCUCAUCUCCUGCAACUUCCCCCCACACCUGCCAUACCAUUUCAUGCCUCUGGAACUUUCCACCUCCUAUUGUUGUGCCCAUCUUGACUGCCUUCCUUCUAUCUGGCACACUCCUACCAUGCUUUUUUUUUUUCCAAAUCAAAUGUCAGCUCCUCUAUGACACUUCCUAGGAUCUCAAUGCAGAGUGAGUUACUUUUUGUGCUCCCAAUUUGGGUAUAUCUCUUUAAGCCUUUCCCAUGUCUGAUUAUUUUCUUCACUAAGUUAAGAAGCACUUUGGGAAGCAGCAAGGGGGAAUGAACGAUAAUUGCAGGAAACUGAGAGCCAGACAAACUAAGAUAUGCAUCUCAACAUGCCUUAGGCAAGAUGCAAGGCAAUAAGUCACUUAACCUCUCUGAACCUCAGUUUUUUCAUCUGUAAAGUGGAGAUAACCCCUACAAAGCAAAGAUGCUGUAAUACUUAAAGGUGAUAUGUACUGUGCUUAUCUCAGUGCCUGCCACUUAGCUACAUUGAUAACUCUAUUGAUAAAUGGAGCUUCUUAAGGCAUGAGAAUAAUCUCAUUGACCUUAAAUCUCUCCACCUCCAGCAUUAUUAUGCCACAGAGUGCCAGCAUGGAGAGUUAGCAAUAAAUUUGACCUUUGAUUUAUGAGGGAUAUUGUGAUUAAUUUUAACUAUAAAUCUCAGUGAUGAUGAUCUCCAGUCAAUGGAUACUAUGAACAGCUUGUCCAUCUGGGUUUCUACUGGUUCUUAUAUUAAUUCUGAUGAAAGCCUAGAAAAAAUUCAACUGCAAAUUGACAUAAUAAAUUGGAAAUAAGUAGGUAGUAUCAAGGGUUCAUUUGCCACAUCCUGUGUACACUUCUUUAAAACUCUUUAGGCAACUGCAAUGAUUCUUAAAUUAUGAGCUCGGGAGAAAAGAUUUGCUUCCAAGUGUUGAGUCUAUAGUAUUGGUUUUACUCAUCAAACUAUAUGGCUGGGUAUCCUUUAGAGAACAUUUAAAAUAGAAGUGCCUAGGACAUCAAGCCAACUGAAAUGUAGAUUUUACAUGUAAAUUUAUUGUGAACUGAUGAAAAGCUCCAAGUGGAAUUUAAAUAAUGUCAUUCCUAUUUAUUCACAAGGUGAGGAGGGCUCCUUUUAAAAAAAAGUAGGUUAUUCCCAGGUAGGAUAGUUUAAAUCACUGAUAUAUAAUUAUCUCCCCUUGGAAAUUCAGGAGAGGAUUAAAGACUGGGAAGCCAACCACAAACCUCAGUGUUCCUUACAUUGCAGAUCUGGGUUCUGCUUAGAGCAGCAUCCUAGAAAAGAAUAUACAUGAACUUUUGGAUUCAGAGACCUGGAUCAAAAUCCCAACUCUGCCACUUAUUAGAUGAACAAACUUAAGAAAAGUUACAUAAUGCUUAUAAGCCUAUAUUUGCCUUUCCAUCAAAUAGGGAUAAUAAUAGUGCCUCUUCCUCACUGAAUAUUUUCGAGAAAUGAUUAAGUGAAAUGAUUAGCACAGUACCUGGAGUAUAGUAAGUGCUCAAUAAAUAGUAGUUGUCAGCCCUCAGAUUACUUCUACUGAAAGGGUGCCACAGCUUCUAGAGAACAUAACAAGAUUCUGGCCUCAGCAAACAGGCCGACAAUGAAACGCUAGCAUGCAUAGCAGCAGAGGAUAUAAUUGUGUCCCCUUCCCAAAUACUCUAAUUUCAUCUUUUCUCAGAUAAUCUGCCAGAGACUGAUGACAAGGAAGAGGCAACCCAAAGCAUCCUUUCUAUUCUGAGUUAAUACAAUUAUAUCUGUGAUCUGGGAAUAAUGUCUAAAGAACCACCUCUAACUGUCUUGCAUCAACUCUGUCUAUGUGGACACUGAGGAAGACAUUGGGCAUUAAAGGUAUUGGGUAACAUACAAUGAAAGUGCCUAAGGAUAUGGGCCAGUGAACAUACCUACACUUACAUCAGCAUCACCUUUAGCGAGUAUUUAUUGAAGGCCUCCACAAGCCAGGCCAGCACUGUGCUAGGUGCCCUGGGAUACCUAGUUCACAAUAAUUACCACAUGAGAUGAUGUACUGUGGACAUAAGGGGUCACAGAGGUGAGGCUGGGCACGAGCCAUGACUAUGAUGUAAGCCCUGAAGGAUGAGUCGUAAGUUAGCAGACAGGGAGGCGGUUUGGGACAGAGACCUCCCUGGAGCAUGCGUGGAAGAGCACAUGCAAAGGUGCCUGUGGUGCAGACUCUAGGGAGUCUUUUCAGUGAUAUAAAAAGACCUAGCCAGCCUGUGCUGUCGAGGUGGCCUUGUGUGUAACAACCUACCCACACCCCGCGAGACCUGAAAACACACUUAGGACCCGGGUGCCUUCCACUCUUUUAUUCAAAGAAAGCAGCCAGAGCUGGACACAUUUUACCUUGUUUAAAUUCAUAAACUACAGGGAAAGAGUGCUGGAUUUCUGGCUCCCAAAGGUCUAUUUCAUUAUUCUCUUUAUAGUCUUCUUAACAGCAUCAGUGCGGAAUGAGUCGAACAUUAGCACUGCCCAGCUGAAGGGCCUCUUUUGCAAAGUGACUUGGAACAUCUACAGUUCCCCAGGCAGCCGAAAUUUACUGAACCUACUGUAGAGCUUCAAAUAGAAAGUUUAACUGAUGAAAAGUGUGUUUUUUAACUCACAGCUUGUGGCUCAGGUCCAGGGCUGAACAACACUCUUUAUUUCUGGACUACGUGUAGCUGCUACCAUUAUGGCCCCUCCAGGGCCAAGCCCAGGUGAGACCAGCCCACACAGGUAGGGGUCCCUUUCUUAAGUAGACAGUAUGGGUAACAGGAUAUUACUGAAUUGUUUGAAUGAGGAGUCCAAUUGGACUAUCUGCUUUAAGCAAAGUUGUCUCUUAGCUCUGAGGGAAGCCCUUUAAGAACUGAUGAAAAUACCAUGUCCAUCCCAGUCCUCUCCUCCCAACAUACACGUUCCCUGCCUCCUUAUGAUUCAUUAGAAUUGAUUAUGUACCACACACCAAAGUCAUCCCAGGGUUGGGCCAUCGCACCUCACCCUCCAUUAUUUUUCAUCAAAGUAGUUCACACUGCAUGUCACUUGCCUCCCCCGUGAGCUCAUCGCCACAUCGCUCAGCACAUUCCCCCAUUUGCUUCAAACUCUGAUCCCCCCUCCCCUUCCCCAAACUUUCCAUUACACCUUCUACAUCUAAAAGCUACCAGCAACCUCCCUUACAUCUCUGAAGAAUAGUUACCUCCUGAAGACACAGCUCCCCAGCAGCCCUCUCAAGGAUGGCUAUUUUUCCUUCCCACAACCAGCGUAUCAUUAGGCUGAAGAAAAGGUAGGUCUUGCUUGGCUCUUUGCUGCUACUUUCAGAGCUUUGAUCCUCUGUCCUCCCUAAGAACCUCCUUGGAAGCACAUGUCACAUGAAAGAAUAUUUCAGCACCUAAUCAACUGUCUUUCCCCCACCCCUACUCAUGUACCAUCCACCAACCUGGCCAUACAGCUCCUUGACCUGUUCACUUCUGAAAAAUCUUGUUCUCCCUUUGCCUGAACAUCAGCCACCUGUGCCCAAGGUUGACCUCACACUGUGCCGUUACCAACAACUGCACCAUCACCAAAAUAUCCGUUCCAAGCUUCUACUCUCUGAUCGUCACCUCUUCUCUUUCUAGGUCACCGCCUUUGGCACCAUCACUCCAACAAUGCUUGUAUACUCCCAGAGUAUCUCUGAGCCACAGACUUCCUUAAAUUUUCACAGACCAUGAUCCCCUCAUGUCAUUGCUUCCCUUCUUGACCAACUUAGCUUCUGUGGUUCCUCGUCAUAUUUAUUCUCUUGUCUCCAUUCUCAAAUCACUUCAUCUUCUCUUCCACCACUCCACUCAUCUAAGAAGAAAGAAAAACAACAACAAAAAAAUAAAAACAAAAAAAACAACCCAACUUCGGCUAAAUCCAAUUUCUGCUUCCUCCUAACCUGCACCUGAGAAACUAAACAUGACUGAAGAGCAGAAGACCACCAAUUGACUUGUCUAUCUUAUAUUUAUAUAAAUAUGGCUCACAUGGACCUCAUCGUUGUUCAGUAACUUAUCUUCAUACUUUCUAAGGUCUAUCUCGUACUUCUUAAGCCUCCACGAACUCUUCCCAUCCUCAUUUUCAGCUGACAACCUUACUUACAUAAGCUUACUUACUGAUUUCCUGUUUUUACUGAGAAAAGAAAUCAGAAGACUAUAUUUUUAUGUUUCAUCAUCAUAUCUAGCAAACAAUCUACACCUGUCCUGUAUACAUCACUUUAGCUCCUGCUCCAAUGACUCUGUUGUCUGCUCCAACCAGGCCAACCAUUCCUCUUAGAGCACCCACCCCUUUGGCCUUUUCAAGAGCAUUGCUCCUUCAGAUAAAUACUCUUUCUCUCUUGCAUUACACAUAUUGCUCUUAAAUAUUAGUCCCAACAACAUAUACCUGUGCUGUAAUAACUUUUUAAAAAUCCUCUCUUCAUAUCCUACGUAUGACUAAUUUCAAUAUCAUCUUCUGUUUCACUUUUUAGAAAAAAAAUUCUUCAAUUUUCUAUACUUGUUCCUAACUUCUCACCUCCCACAUUCUCUUAAAUUCACUGGCGUCAUGCUUUCUUGCUCAAAAUUGCAGAGAAACCACUGUAGUCAAGGUCAGCCAUGACCUUCACAAAGUCAAGUCCAAUUGUCAAUCUUCAGUCCCCAUCUUACUCAGUCACUUAGUAACAUUGUCCCUGGUGUCCACUCCCUCAUUUUUGAAACACCUUUAUUUGGCUUCCAGGACAGCGCCAGCUCCUGGUUUUCCCUCUACUUCACUGGACAUUCCUUAGAAUACUCUCCUGUUCCUGAUUUCUAUAUGUUGGAACAAGAGGUGCGUCCAUCUUUAGACUCUUCUUCUUCUUCACCUAUACUCAGUUUCUUAAUGGUCUCAUAUAAUCUGGUUUCAAUGAACACUUAUAAGCUGACUACUCUCAGAUUUAUGUUUCAGCUCAAUUUCUUCCCUUAACUCCAGCCUCGUAGAUACUCCAGCUACUUCACUUGAAUAUCUAAUCAUCAACUGACAUUUCCAACAACAAAUAUGAUUUUCUUCCCAAAUAUGCUCCUAACCCAUCGUUCACAGUCAACUGCACUAUCAUUUACCUUGUGGUUUAGAUUUCUUAAAAAUCCAGAGUCAUUCCUUGAUCUCUUUCUUUCAUAUCACAUAUCAAUCCAUCAGCAAAUCUUGUCAACUCCACCUUCACAAUGUAUCCUUAAUUAGAUCCUGAAUCCAACCCCUUCUCAGCAUCAGCACUUUCUAGUUCAAGCCCCAUCAUGUCUUUCUGGACUACUGUUACACCCUACAAUGGACUCUUCAUUUCCAUUCUUAUCUUUCUUCUCUUUCUUCUUAACCUCCUCUCUCUACUCAGCCAGAGGGAUCCUUUCAAAAAGAAAAAUUAGAUUAUAUUAUUUCCAUGCUUAGAUCUAUCCAUCAUCUUCCCAUGUUUAGAAUAAAAUCCCAAGAUCUUGCUAUGCUCUAACCCUGCUUACCUCUCCAAUUUCAUUUAUUAUCACACUAAUCUUGUCCAUUCUGCUUCAUCCACAAGACUCUUUGCCAUUCCUUAUAUAUUCAAGCAAGCUCUUACUCCAGAGCCUUUACACUUGCUUUUCCCUCAGAUACUGAUAUGGCUCAUUCCCUCACUUUAUUCAGGUCUCUGCCCAAAUAUCAUCUCUCUGAGAGGCCUGCCCUGACCACCUCAUCUAAAUGGCACCCUUUUUCAUGCCGUAUUCUUUUAACCUGCUUUGUCUGUCUUCUUAGUGCUAUGCACGACCUUACUUCUCCAUUAGAAUGUAGAUUACAUGAAGGCAGAAAGGUUGCCUGAAUUGAUCACAACUACGUGUGCAUAGAAUAGUCCUCGGAAAACUGAAGCGCUCAAGCAAUAUUUGCGGCAUGAUUCAAUGAGUGAAUAUUCAGAGUUCAAUGCCAAAUUUCAGGUUCAUAUAUUCAGGGAUGUUCUGAGUUGGAGUUUCUAAUAAAAAAUAUUAAAUGACUAAAUUCUACCCUAAGUUAUUUUAGGGCUCCAUUCAUCACUUACAGACUAAACAAAUUUCAGAGAUUUGGCUUCAUAUGAGAGCAUCACUGCAGAGAGACUCCAGUACACGUUGUGAUGUCAUUUGCUGAUCUGGAGAUUUUGAUGCCAGAAAUAUGAGCCUCAAGCUCAGCAUCCAGGCCUAAUAGCACUCAGAGGAAACGUGUAUCAAAAUAACUUUAUAUAAUGUAGAAAAAAAGUAUGCAUUCUAUUGUGUUGUUGUUGUUGUUUUUUAGCCUCUGAAAUUUUAAUCUAUUUUUUCCAGGAUACAAAUAUCAUAAGUUAUUGACAACGUCUCAAAAUGUCAUCACAUUUCUCCCUUUAUCUGGUGACUGACAAUUUGUUUAAGACCUACCAAAAGAUAGCAGUAAAUCUUUAGAUCAAAAAAGUGAGAAUAAAGAUACAUAUAUUUCCUCAUUGAGUUAGUGCAGGCCUACUUGUAUCUUUCAUCUCUAUGCUAUUUUUAAAAUAAAUUGUAAACAAUGUUUUCAUCUCCUAUAAUGUCAUGGAAAAUAUCCAGAGUUUUCUUAUGCUGAUUCAUUAAGUGUACUUACAUGAAAUUAGACAAAAUGAUAAUAUUGAAAGAAGCAGAUUUCUUGUUUCAUUGCUUUAAGAGAAUAAUAAAAAUGGAAUCAUUCAAGUCACACCACUAA